AUGGUCAGGCUGUGCUGGGCCCUGCUGCUCCUGGCAGCUGCUCUGUCCCUGGCACUGAGAACGAGCCAUGCCUGGGACUCGAAGAAGGUGGUGAGGCCAUUCCAGGACAUCCCUGAGAAUUAUGUCUACGUGCAGCAGGCGCUGUGGUUCGCCAUGAAGGAAUACAACAAGGCCAGCAGGGACAUGUACAACUUCAGGGUGGUGGAGGUUAUGAGGACCCAGGAGCAGGUGACAGAUAGUUUGGAGUACUACAUUGAUGUCAACAUUGCCAGAACAAUGUGCAAGAAAAUUUCUGGAGAAAAUAAAGACUGCUUGUUUCAAGAAGAUCCUAAAAUGAAAAAGAUGGUUUUUUGUACCUUUAUUGUUGCAUCCAAACCAUGGAAAUUAGAACUCACUAUGCUGAAGAAGGAAUGCAGAGAUAUAUAG